GCCUCGCUUGGUAUAGUUCUCCGCUCUCACCCUCGACAUCCGCAAGCCUCUAUGCGUUUUUAAAAGCCACCGUCGGGGUAUCUCCCCCACGUGUGAGGACUUUGUCGCGCACAUGGAUCGGAGCGACUGGAGCUCGUGCCGUGUGGCUACCUUGCGUUGAUAGAUGUCCGGAUAGAAUGCGGAGCCCUCGCAUCUUCGUGAUGUAGAUAAGAAGGCCGUAGCCGCAGGUUUAUUGUCCUGCAGAAGCAGUUUCUCCCAGUUCUCGGCCAUUGAGUUUGUGGGUUGUUUGCGAUGCGUUCUUUCAUUGCUUCAUCGGUCCUUGCUGGCCUCGCGUCCGCUGCCGUUCUCCCUCGAGGCGGCGACUAUAGCCACAAGAACAAACCCGUAAAACUCAAUGUCCAGGUGGGAGACCGGCCGUAUUUCUUGGUUAACGACAUGGACGAGGGUCCGCUGAAAGAGAAGCUUGAGAGCUGCUCGGAAGGACCAUUCAAGACAUCGGAUUUUGUGUUUGCGCAUCGUGGCGCGUCUUUAUUAUUUCCCGAGCAUACCUACCCGGCGUACAAUGCUGCGCAUCGACAAGGAGCCGGUGUCAUCGAAUGCGACGUUGCGUUCACAAAGGACAAGCAACUCGUCUGCCGCCAUGCGCAAUGCGACUUGCACACCACAACGAAUGUCCUCAAUACCACACUAGCAGACAAAUGUACCACGCCUUUUACACCGGCUGGCAAUGGCACUGAAGCUACAGCUAAGUGCUGCACUUCUGACUUCACUCUCGCAGAGUUUCAGACGCUGUGCGGCAAGCAGGACGGCUUCAACGCCAACGGGACGACUGUUGACCAGUACAUGGACGGCACACCGUAUUUCCGCACCGACUUGUACGCCAGCGGUUGCCCAAAGCUCAUGACCCUAAAUGAGUACAUUAAGGUUGUCGACGACUGGGGCCUCAAGUUCACGCCUGAGCUCAAGACGCCCGAAGUUCCCAUGCCAUAUGACGGAUACACCCAGGAGCAAUACGCACAAGACAUGAUCAAUGCAUUCAAAAACGCUGGCAUCGAUCCCAGCCGUGUAUUCCCUCAGUCGUUCCUUCCAGCCGAUAUCUUCUACUGGAUCGACAACGAGCCGGAGUUUGCCAAGCAAGCCGUGUACCUGGACGAGCGCGUCGACACAGCAGAAGGCUACGCAAAUGCUACUGCUAGCCUUCCUGCUCUCGCUGAGCGUGGUGUUAAGAUCAUGGCGCCGGCUAUGUUUGCCCUGACCAAAGUCAAUGACGAGGGUGAAAUCAUCCCAUCCGAAUAUGCCAUUGCUUGCAAGGAGAAUGGUCUGGAGAUUGUUGCUUGGAGCUUCGAUCGCUCCGGUUGGUUGCAGAUUGACGGUGGUGGCUACUACUAUCAAUACGUUGCUAACGUCACCAACAACGACGGAGAUAUGUAUACCGUGCUGGAUGUUCUGGCUCAGCAGGUUGGCAUCAAGGCUUUGUUCUCGGAUUGGCCGGCUUCCGUCACGUACUAUGCCAAUUGCUUCGGAUUGUAA